AUGAGGCUGCCCAACAUCCUGCUCACGGCCGUAGCAAAAUUCCUGUGCCCAGCUCAUCGUACACCAGGGGUUGGAAAGACCACACUAGGUAAAGAACUUGCAUCAAGAACAGGACUGACAUACAUUAAUGUGGGCGACUUAGUACAAGAAGGACAGUUAUAUGAUGGCUUUGAUGAAGAAUAUGAAUGUCCUAUUUUGGAUGAGGACAGAGUAGUUGAUGAGUUAGAAAAUAAAAUGAAAGAAGGCGGAGUUAUUGUUGACUACCAUGGCUGUGACCUCUUCCCUGAACGAUGGUUUCAUAUCGUUUUUGUGCUUCAAACUGAUAAUUCUGUAUUAUAUCCCAGACUUGAAAAGAGGGGAUACAGUGUAAAGAAACUACAGGACAAUAUUCAGUGUGAAAUUUUCCAAAUUCUUUAUGAAGAAGCCAUGGCCUCCUACAACCAUGAAAUAGUACACCAGCUGCCCAGCAAUGUACCAGAAGAACUAGAGAAUAAUUUAGAUCAGAUAACGAAAUGGAUUGAGCAGUGGAUAAAAGAUAACAAUUGAACCUUGAGAGCAAAGCAUGGACUUUCAAGGUUUUCCACAUGAUGGUUAAAGAUUUUCUUGAUGAUUUCUCCUUCCCCAUGGAAUAGAAAUUAAGACAGCAUACACCAAAUUUUACUAUCUAGGACUGUGUUGUAUAAGUAGCACAUGGACAAUAUAUAAAGUUGAGUUAUGACUAAAUUUUUUUUCUCCAUGAGAAAACUGAAAAACCCCAAAUACAAUGAAUUAGAUAUUAAGGACUUUUUAAGUUUAGGAAUAUUCAGCAUUCUCAUUUAUUUUGGCUAACUGCUAAAGAAUAAG